UUCAAAGGAGGGAGUAUUUCCUAAGGCUUUCCUCCCUUCUCUUGUUAGCACCAUUGCGGAAAACUGAUUUAUUUGGACACCUUAAAGAUAUUAUUUAUGACGUUCAGCCAAAAGACCAUUCUAUUUGCUGGAAUUCAAGGUCAUUUGUUUGCCAGCCAACUUGUUUUCAUUCAAAUCAAACCCCACGCUAUUGCCUUUUCUUCAAAGAUAAGGUUAUAAGUACUGCAAUAGAUUUAUGUUUAAAGAUCCCCGACCAUCUGAGUAUGGGUUCCCCUGAAAAAGUUCAAGUCCAUGCGGGAGGUGAUGAAAGAGAAAGGUGUCCUUAAAGAGUUCCUAAAGAACAAUCAUUAUGACCCUGCCAGCAAGUAUUUCAACAACUUUGCCACUGGUUACGAGCCCCUGGCAAACUACAUGGACAUGUCCUAUUAUGGACAGAUCAGCAUUGGAACUCCACCCCAGAACUUCUUGGUACUCUUUGACACUGGGUCAUCCAACCUCUGGGUGUCAUCUGUCUACUGCAACAGUGAGGCUUGCACAAACCAUCCAUUGUUCAAUCCCAGCCAGUCUUCUACUUAUUCCACCAAUGACCAGACCUUCUCUUUGCAGUAUGGAACUGGUAGUCUCACUGGACUCUUUGGCUAUGAUACUGUAACAAUUCAAGGCAUUUCCAUCACCAGCCAGGAAUUUGGCCUGAGUGAGACUGAGCCUGGCUCUAACUUUGUCUAUGCCCAGUUUGAUGGCAUCCUGGGCUUGGCUUACCCUGCUAUUUCUGCUGGUAGUGCCACCACUGUAAUGCAGGGACUGAUGCAGGAGAACCUUCUUGAUGCUCCUGUUUUCAGCUUCUACUUGAGUGGGCAAGAGAGCUCCCAGAGUGGUGGUGAACUUGUCUUGGGAGGAGUUGAUUCCAGCCUGUACUCUGGCCAGAUUGUCUGGACUCCAGUCACCCAAGAAGCUUACUGGCAAAUUGGAAUUGAAAGCUUCUAUAUUGGCACCCAGAUCAGUGACUGGUGCAGCCAAGGAUGCCAGGGGAUUGUGGAUACUGGAACAUCCCUCCUCACUGCUCCACAGCAGAUCUUUGGAACGUUGAUGGAAUACAUUGGAGCUGAGCAGGACAGCAAUGGCGAGUAUGUAGUCAGCUGUGGCAACAUUGAAAGCUUACCCACCAUUACUUUUGUCAUCAGUGGAAACAAUUUCCCUCUGAGCCCUUCUGCCUAUGUCCUUCAGAACAAUAGUGGCUACUGCAGCAUCGGCAUCAUGCCCACUUACCUGCCAUCCCAGAAUGGGCAGCCUCUAUGGAUCCUUGGUGAUGUCUUCCUCAGGUCCUAUUACUCUGUGUUUGAUGUGGGCAACAACCAGGUUGGCUUUGCAGCAGCAGCAUAAACACUCCCAAUAGCCUUCUGUGCUGCUCCAAGCCUGUUCCUGCUUCAUUCCAUCUGCUUCUUCAUUCUAUAACUCACCGGAUUUCUCUUCUAAGGACUUGAAUGUGUUUUCUCUGCAAAAUUUGAAACCUCUCUUGUGAAAAUUCACAACUUGACUGCUCUCUCCAA